AUGUUCAGUUACUUUAUGUGGAGACAUCAUAUUAACGUGUUAUUACCAGCGAAAAGUUCUGUUAGAGUACCAGUUAUAUUCAACCGAACCUUUGCCCAUUCGUCUGUCACUGAAUGUUACAUAAUUGCAUUUGAUAGUACUGAGUAUACGAUUCCACAUCAGAAGGUGAACGUUAUCGGUCGGGUCAUAGAUCAACAAAUUUUCGUAGAUCCCAGCGUGAUCGACGUCGGUCUGUGCUACUUAACGAGUUCCGUGCAGGUGGCCAGCUUUCAGUUGCGCAACACCAGUAGGGUGGUAGUGCCGUACGAAAUCAAACUGCCGCGGGAACUGACCAAACACGCAGAGCUCAGCCAUUCGAAAGGAUACCUCAAAGCUGGGUCUUCGAUGGAAAUAUUCAUUCGGCUGCGUUUAAAGUACGACCUGUUGCGGCCGGACGAAUGCAAAACGUAUUUCGACUCAAAAAGCGGUGUCCUGGAUUUCCCGGUCCGAGUUUAUCCGUCAAACUGUAAGAAAUUUAACGAGGUACGCGUCUUGGCGGUGGUGACCACGUCGUUUGGUCUGAAACUAACCCCCGAUACAUUAGAUUUUGGUACGGUCAAUACGGCGGAAACUGUCGUUCGGGAUGUCAUGUUGGCCAACCAUUCAAGAACCAAAAUGGAAUACGGAUUCUUGAAACUACCGGAGAGAAUUACUGUACGUCCUAGUGCAUUCGGCACUAUAUUUUCUGGCGAGCAAAUUUGUCUGCAAUUGCACUAUAGCCCUGCAGCAAGCGACUUGCCGCAAAACGUCCAUGCUUACGAUGACGAUUUUGUAUUGACAUGUGAUACAGUUACCGGUGUCAACGCAGAAAUAUGUCCUUUUCAAAACGAUGCAUCCACACAAAUUAAUGAAACGAUUAAUGAACAAAAUAUGUCAAAUACAAUUAUCAAUCAAAAUUCAACAGUCAGCGAAAACGAGAUAAUAGAAUUAAAUCACGGACCAGAUAAGAUACUCGUUUCGAUAUUGAAAGACGAAGUUGAAGUAUGUUCAUUCGACGAAAAUGCUAUCCUAAAACAGGCGACUGUAAGAUGCCUUGCAAAAAUUCAUGAUGUACCAGUAGAACUUUCCGUCCAAAAAAUCAUAUUUGGAAAAACUCAUUUCACGUCCUACUCGGUUUUUAAAAUUGAUUUGAGGUAA